AGUCAACAAAGCCAAAGUUCAGUUUCCCUGGCGAACCUUAUAAACCAGCCAAACAUCUGUCUGUCUGUGAGAGUGGCCUGGUUGCUGCACACCUGAGACAAACAAAUCCACCAUGUUGCGUGUGGCCCUGCUUCUGUCGGCCCUGGUUUGUAUGGGGAGGGGCCAUCACCAUGUCAAUCACAGCGCCGUCCAAGACACAGAGGAGGAAUCUGACAAAGUGGCCUUGGUGACUGCUGGAAACAAGGAUUUUGCCAUUCGUUUGUACAAGAAAUUGUCAGCUCAUCCCGAAUCUCAGGGCAAGAAUGUCUUCUUCUCUCCGUCCAGUGUGUCAGUGGCCUUGGCCGCCUUGUCUGCCGGAGCACGGGAAGAGACUCAUAGACAGAUUUUCGAGGGUUUGGGCUACAAUCUCACAGCUGUCACACCAGAAGAUCUUCAUCAGUAUUUCCGUUCAGUCCUUGGUAAAGGCAAGACCUCUGAUGCCACGAGCGAAGGGACAGCUGUGUUCAUGGACAGUCUCUUCAAGCCUCACCAUGAGUUCCUGGAGACCCUGAAGCAGUCCUACUUCGCUGAUGGCUUCACUGUUGACUUCACUAAAACUGAAGAAAGUGCCAAUACCAUCAACAAUUACGUGAAAGACAAGACGAAUGGCAAGAUUGAUAAAUUAGUGGAAAAGUUGGACCCAAGAACGGUCAUGUAUCUCAUCAGCUACAUUCACUUUAAAGGAAAGUGGGAGAAGUCUUUUGUCCCCGAACUGACUCGGGAUGAUGCCUUCAUUGUUGAUGCUGACACCAAGGUUCCUGUCCAGAUGAUGAAUCGAGAGGGCUACUUUGAUAGCUAUUACGACAUAGGAAUUAGAACAACAGUCCUUCGCCUCCCAUUCAACAGCUCCUACACAAUGCUGCUGCUCCUACCCGAUGACAUGGCUGAACUGGAAGGUGCUAUUUCUCCAGCACACAUCGCCAAAUGGCGGAAGUGGACUACGUCAAGGAGAUAUGAUGUCUUCCUACCCAAAUUCUCCAUCAAGACUUCUUAUUCUCUGAAGGAUGUUUUGGCUGAUAUGGGAAUGACUGACAUGUUUGGUGACAGAGCAGAUCUCAGUGGAAUUUCAGCAGGAAAACUUGCAGUCUCUGAGGUUGUUCACCAAGCCACCUUGGAUGUGGACGAGGCUGGAGCUGAAGCUGCGGCUGCCACAGGGAUCGGGAUCAUGCUGAUGUCAUUCCAACCACCGUCUGUGCUCAAGUUCAAUCGCCAGUUUAUGGUCCUCAUUACCGAAGAUGCCACUGAAAACAUCCUGUUUAUGGGCAAAAUUGUAAAUCCAAAAAUCUGAUGAUAAAUUAUGGCAUAAAAAAUAAUAAUUAAAUAAAAAACCAUUGUCCAAAAAU